CUUUCGUUUUGAUUAUUCGAAGCUUUCCGUUCCAUGGCUCUGGAUUUCAAUCUCCUCCUCCUUCUCCUUCUCCUUCUCCUUCUCCCCGAUCGCAGAUGGAUCACUACCGAACCCUAGGGUUGAGUCGCGGCGCCACCAAGGAGGAGAUCAAGGAGGCCUUCCGCCGCUCCGCCCUCCAGUUCCACCCCGACCGCCACUCCCAAUCCUCCGAGGACCUCCGGGAGGCCGCCUCUCUCAAGUUCAAGCAAGCCUCCGAGGCCUACGAGGUCCUGCUCGACGACCGCAGGCGCGCCGACUACGACAGCGCCUGCCGAGACGGCGGCUCCUCCGAUCGCUGGAACCGCGGAGGGCCUUCUUCUUCUUCUUACUCUUCGGCGCGUUAUGGAGGGUGGCGCCAGUAUGGCUACCGCAGGCCGGCGGCGGGAGACCGCGUGGACGCCGCGGCGAUGCUGUUCCGACUCAUAACGACGCGAGGGUUUCUCGUGGGCAUGGCUUUCGCGAGCAUAUUGUUAGGAGGUGCUGUUGUUGUUGAGAGAAGCAUGGAGACUAUAUGGAAAAUGAACAAUUCGGGGAAAUCAUUUGAAGAAGCUAUGGAAUCCAUUGAACAGAUAAAAGCUCAGAAGGAGAACAACUGAAGCUUUGUCCCGAGUGGAUGAUGAAAUUAAGUAAAUUCUUGUAUAACUCAUUUUUAUCCUUCUUUUGUUUUUUUCUCUCCCUGUCAUCCAAAUAAAUCUCUAUCUUAGCAUACUAUGCAUUCCCCUACAGAUAAAACAACUGAGCUGUGUAAGAGCACUGAGGUUUAGUGUUAUUGUUGGUUUUGUUCCUUGAAUGAUUAAGAAUUUGUGUUGGGAAUUUGUAUUUUGUUGUGAUUCUUGAUAUUUAAAUCCCUUUAAUCAAGCA